AUGGGCAAACCUCAGGGAGGUUCAGAAGCAGGUCCACGGAGCAACGGAAGAGGAAUACUAACUCAGGUCAAGGUCCCAACAAAUCGAACCCCUACAUCUUUCAACUUGCGAAUUCAAAUGGACGUGAUAAGGGCUCCAGGCAUGGAUGAGCUAAAGGUUCCCCUGAGUAAACCUUGUGAAAUUGCUGAUAGUGUCUCAGCGUGGGAGUGGUCUGGCUCUGCAUUUGAUGAAAGGAAUGAAGAGUCCAAAUGGUUCUCGAAUUAUCUUGGGAAACCCAGUCGGCUAGUGCGUUUUAAUGAAGUGACAGAGACCAAGGUUGUAGACCCUAAUUAUGUUCGCGGGCACAAAACUAUGUUUUCAGACAGGUAUCCAUUUCUCCUGCUAUCCCAGGAAUCAUUAAACACUCUGAAUAAGCUUCUCAAGCCCUUACCAGUCAACUGUUUCAGACCCAACAUCCUUGUUGAUGGUUGCGAACCAUUUUCUGAGGACCUAUGGAAGGAGAUCAAGAUUAACAAGUUUACAUUUCAUGGUGUCAAGCUAUGCUCUCCAUGCAAGAUGCCCACAAUUAAUCAGGAAACCGCAAUCCCAAGCUCUGAGUCUGUGCCAACUGUAACUCUUCCGACGUUUCGUUCAGAUAAAGUUUUGCGGCCGACGAGAAAACAACAAGGCAAGUACUUCGGGCAAAAUAUGGUAUGCUUGGACUCUGUUACUGAUGGGAAGGGCAAAAGGAUUAAAGGGGGAGACCCUGUUUAUGUCCGCAAGGUGCUUCCUUCCUGCGCUGAUGCACCUGCUUGAAUUCCUAAAGUACAGUACCCAACAAGACAUAUAUAAAGUCAUAGACUCAUAAUAAUAGUAACCUUACCCUGGUUAAUGAUUUUUUUUUUUUUUUUAUCAGCAAAAAUAAAUGUUCGAAUGUUACCCUG